GUCAGGUUGACGCGCCCUGGAUGCCGGCGCAGGCUGCGCGCGCUCCCGCGGAGUCGGAGCCGCAGAGGCUCCGCGCCGGACUCGCGUUUUCCAGGAAUCUGACCUCGUAAAGAAUUUGCUCGUCCCCCAAGAGGAGACUUUGAAAGGAGCACGGAAUGUCCAAGAAGAGAUGUCCAGGGCCGUCUCCGUGGGUGACAUGCCUGUCCAGCCCGCACCGAGAUGACCAUGAUGGCUUCUAAGCUCCCGGCUGCUUGCGUGUCCUCCGGCCAGAACCCUCCCGCGUCCCUGUGUGCCAUGGGCAAAACCUGAAGGGCGGACGGACUUUCUUGGAGCCUGUGUCUCCCCCAGGGCUGCAGCGGCUCUCAUAGGACAUGACGCCUGGAGAUCACGGCCUUUUGUUCUCUUUCAAGUCGAACCAAAGAACGAGCUUCCUCCUCCUCUAGAGCUUUGGCGCCUGCACUUCUGUUGCUGUCACCUGUGCCUUCCUCCUGACCCUCGUCCAUCAUCACAAGACGUCCUUGCAGCGCCCGGCCCCACCUGCCUGCACCUGCACUCCUGGGGCCUUGCCCAUGGCUCGGGGGGCCGGCAAAGCUCCCUGGGCUUCACCAUGAGGCCUGGUGCGAACUGCGGCCAGCAGCUGUCACCCGGUGCCGCGCACGGCCCGCGGGGCUGCUGCGUGGGGGCUCCCCAUCACAGCUGCCACGAGUGCCCCGGGGAAAACCAAAUUGUGUUCCGCGUGGACCGUAAGCAGAUGAACUUGCUGGCCGUUCUCCAAGUGAGGGCUGAAGGGAGCGAGAGCUGGGGCGGGUUUUUGCGCCUCAAGAAAGGGAAGCGAUGUAGCCUCGUCUUUGGGCUGGUCAUCAUGACCCUAGUGAUGGCCUCCUACAUCCUCUCGGGGGCCCACCAAGAGCUGCUCAUCUCGUCCCCUUUCCAUUACGGAGCCUUCCCCAGCAGCCCCAGCGUAAUGGGUGGUGAGGGCCCCAACGACGCCAAGGAGCAUCUCCAGCCCCCCGCGGCCAACACCUCCUACGCCAAGGACUACGCCAGCAUGAAACUAACCAUCAGCAGCAUCACUGCCAGGAUUGAGUUCACCACCAGGCAGCUCCCUGAUGUGGGUGACCUCAGAAAGCAGGAGUCACACAUGUUUUCCGUCAUCCCCAGGAAGUUCCUUCCGAACAGCAAGAGCCCCUGCUGGUACGAGGAGUUCACGGGCCGGAACACCACCGACCCGUACCUGACCAACUCCUACGCGCUCUACUCGCGCCGCUUCCGCGCCACGUUCGACGCGCUGCGCAAGGCCUUCUGGGCGCACCUGGCGCAUGCGCACGGCCGCCACUUCCGCCUGCGCUGCCUGCCGCGCUUCUACAUCAUCGGGCAGCCCAAGUGCGGCACCACCGACCUGUACGACCGCCUGCGGCUGCACCCCGAGGUGAAGUUCUCGGCCAUCAAAGAGCCGCACUGGUGGACCCGCAAGAGGUUUGGAAUUGUCCGCCUGAGAGAUGGGCUGCGGGACCGCUACCCCGUGGAAGAUUAUCUGGACCUCUUUGAUCUGGCGGCACACCAGAUUCAUCAAGGACUGCAGGCCAGCUCUGAGAAGGAGCAGAGCAAGAUGAAUAAAAUCAUUAUCGGGGAGGCCAGUGCUUCCACCAUGUGGGACAACAACGCCUGGACCUUCUUCUAUGACAACAGCACCGCGGGCGAGCCGCCCUUCCUGACGCAAGACUUCAUCCAUGCCUUCCAGCCGGACGCCAAGCUCAUCGUCAUGCUGCGGGACCCCGUGGAGAGGUUGUACUCAGACUACCUCUACUUUGCAAGUUCCAAUAAAUCAGCGGAUGACUUCCACGAGAAGGUGACGGAGGCGCUGCAGCUGUUCGAGAGCUGCGUGCUGGACUACUCGCUGCGCGCCUGCGUCUACAACAACACCCUCAACAACGCCAUGCCUGUGAGGCUCCAGGUGGGCCUGUACGCCGUGUACCUCUUGGACUGGCUCACCGUGUUUAAUAAGGAGCAGUUCCUCAUCCUCCGCCUGGAAGACCACGCGUCCAGCGUCAAGUACACCAUGCACAGGGUCUUCCAGUUUCUCAACCUCGGGCCCUUAAGUGAGAAGCAAGAGGCCUUGAUGACCAAGAGCCCCGCCUCCAAUGCCCGGCGCCCCGAGGACAGGAACCUGGGGCCCAUGUGGCCAGUCACACAGAAGAUCCUGCAGGACUUCUACGGCCCCUUCAACACUCGACUGGCACAGGUGCUCGCCGACGAGGCGUUCGCGUGGAAGAAGACCUGAGGCGGGAGCUCCUCCGUCCGCGCCCACCCGCUGUCCGUCAUCACCAGGCUCUCCAGGCCUCUCUUUGUGGGGCACCGAUGUACGUGCAGCGAGGAGAAACCCCAGGAUUCGAGUCUUCCUUCCCGCCGGGCGUCUGUUACAAGCACUCAGAAUCUGUGAUGUUCCAGAGCCUGCGGCCAGCCCUUCUCGGCGCUUCCCGCCUGAGCCCUUGGAAGCCCACGACCAGAGCCCCGUGGCCAGGUGGGGGGCCGCCACGGGCUGGGCUGCCCUGGGUUCAUGGGAAGCAUCAUGGGGGCAGUGCCUCACCUGCUUCCAGGACAGCCUGAGCCUGGGGUGGAUGGCGCUGGGACCGCAUGAGCUCCCUGGAGGUGAGCCCGGAACUGACACUUCACACUCAGUUUGGAGACCCCCUUGUUCAGAGCACUAACCCCGUUGGGGGCAGAGAAUGGGAACAGAGGCCCUUUUCUCCCCCUUUGACUCCAAAGUCAGCCCUUUGGUCUACUCAGAUAUAAACCGUGUUCCCUGCACUGCUCACCGGAGGGGAGAAAGGAACGACUCAGCUCUCGUGGUGCGCCACCUCCGGCCCGGCCUCCGGGCUGCGCCUGUGCUUGAGAGCCCAUGGACGCCCCAGCACAAAUGGCGUUCUGCACUCACAGCCCUCGUCUCUUCUCUGCCUCUUCAGAUGCUUCCUCAAGAGUUUCUUCAGUUUAUAAUUGGAAUAUAACUCAGCUUAUGAUCGGAAGGGACACCUGUGCUGUCAGUGCCACGUGGAGCAGCCCUGGCGGGUCCUGGAGAGUCUCGGGUCCUCGGCCCGCCUUGCGCACGGGGUUACGCGAGACCUGGCAGGUGUUUGAGGCCUUGGGUCUGGCCCACUACAGGCUUCAGGGUUGAGCCACACCCCUCUCCUGCGUCCACCCCACCACCCCACACUGUGCUCCCCACUGCGCUUAAGGUCCAGGUUCCCCCUGUGUGGCCAAGGCCUUUACUCAGUCAGCAGACUGCUCUGUCCUGAUUCAGAAACAGUGUGUGAGCUAAGCCUGGGGUUGGGGUGGCUUGCUGGGGCUCGCGAGAGAAUGCCGGGAGCCAUGUUCUUAACAGAACAUGCUGGGCCACUUGGCAGCUUGGUUCGCCAGUGGCUGGGCUACUGGUCUUGUGGUUUCUUGGAUGUGAUGGGGGGAAAUGGAAGCCAACACCCGACCCUGAUGAAGCCUUGCACUCUGGUGUCUUCAAGGGAACUUCCUGUGAACCAGCCAGAGCCAGCAGCACUGUCACCUGCAGCCACCAGCCUCGGCCGGGGUCUCUGCAUCAGAGACGGAUGAGCUGCUGUGUCCCGAACGCCCACGUUCAGGACGGGCCCCCUGCUCCCUCAAAGGUGGCAUCCGGGGCAGCGGCAGCCGGGGAACCUGGCCCGAGCGCAGCGCGCGGUGGGGAGAGAUCACUCAGUGUGUGUGCCUAUUUAUUUGCCGUGUGGGGUGCGUGCGUGCGUGGGUGCGUUUUCCUAGUGGGCUCCCUUUCAGUUCCGUGGCUGGUGAGGCUCCCCCAUUCUGGACCCAGCCCGCUCAUGGAUUAACGCCUCUGCAGCCAACUUGUCAUUUUCAGUACGUCUUUUGCUACUCCGCCCCCCCCGCAUAAGCACGGGGUUUCCUUACACACGGCUAUGCAUGUGGUAACGUGCGGUGUGAACCUGCUUCUUACAGAAGUGCCACUGGAGCUAUUAUUUCCAAUAUUAUUUGGUGUAUUAUACAAAUGUUUUUAUAUAUGCAGCCCCCACCCUCCCGCGCCAGCCAGGCCGCCUGGCGGCGGCUUCUCCCAAGACCUUCCUGCAGAAGGCUUGUCGCUGCCUCGAGGGUCCUCCCGUCGGCCCCGGCGCGUUCCCAGGGCCGGCUGCGAGCCUGUCACCCCAAACUAAAGUGACACAGGGUGCUCCUGAGACCUGGUGUUGACGUCCUCUGUGUUCCCCACAGCUGUGUGUGGGGUCCUGUGAGAUCAUCCUCCCGAGUCCUAUAAGCUUUGUUAAUCCACCCACAGUCACGCUGGACUUUUAUUAAUAUUUAACAUAAUUAAAUGUGCACCCAGGACCGGCCCGAGAGCGCGUGCUCUUCCUCGGAUCGUCGGCCCGCAGGGUCUCCGGCCCUGGCCAGCCUGCAGGGGGCAUCUGUGUGGGGGUCCUGCGGCGUCUGGGGACGAGCAAGAGAGCUGGACUCACCCUAUCGGGGCAGCGUGCAGCAUUACCUGGGCGCGGGCCUGCGUGGCUGAGUCGGGGUGGUGAGCCCUGACCCUGCGCGGGCAGGCUCAGAGUGAUCUUCCCAUGUUUGGGGUUGGGGUUUGAGUGAUGCAGGCCCUGCCGCUCCCCGUUGGGCCUCUCAGCGUGGCUUGUUGGACCCUGGGGGCUGUGAGGGCUGUGGCCUCGCUGGGUAUGAGCCCUCACCACCAGACAGUGACAUCUGACUGCGCGGGGCGGGGGGCA